UGCUUCAGAAAGGAACAUAACAUUAAGACAUUUUCGGUUUCAUCUCUCCCGCGGAAACUGAGUCGAAAAUCCAGCCUACAUCAAAGACCCUCCACCCCGAUCAUCUUCUCCCUCGCUUGCGGUGAAAGACAGUCCGAGUCACAAUGACCCUUUCCAAACCGAAUUUUCUUUUGCUGGUGUUGGGCCUGGUCAUCUACAUAGCUGAUUUGGGAGUGGACUUCUGGGUGACCAUCCGCUAUUUCCAGAACGGACAGUCGGUCCACGGGUUCCUUACCGUGGGCUUCGUGCUGCUGGCAUCUUUGGUCGUGCAGUGUUUCAGUUAUGCGUGGUUUGAGGAAGACGGAGAUCCCGGCAAACCUCCGUGUUCUCUUUUCCUCCAUUGCCUGCAGUGUGGGAUCUUUACCAGGUAUUGUAUCGCUCUGAAAAUGGGACACGAGGUGGUCUUUGGCAAACAGAAAGACAACUUGCAGGUAGCGGUUCAGGCGGUGACUGACCUGAGCAUGCUCCGACUGUUUGAGGCCUACGUGGAGGGGUUACCCCAGCUCAUUCUCCAGGCCUACAUCUUGAUGGAGAGUCCGGCGGUCAGCUUCAGUCAGUACGCCUCGGUGACCAUCUCCUGCUGCGCUGUUUCCCUGGCGACCGUGGAUUACCAGAUCUAUCUGAGGAAAUCACUGCCUCAUAAAGAGAAGCUGACGGGGAUUUGGCCGAAGCUGACCCUGCUGCUCUACAAGCUGCUGACCCUCACCUCCUGGUCUCUGAGCAUCGCCCUCCUAGUCCUGGUCAACCUCUGGGCAGUGCUGAUCUUGCUUGGCCUCCUCUGGAUCCUGGGCCUCGCCUGGGCGUGGAAGCAGAGCACGAAUUUCUGCCGCUCUCCGAAGAUGGAAGUCCUCUACAGGGCCGUGGUCGGCUUCAUCCUCAUCUUCACCUUCCUGAACGUCAAGGGGGAGAGGACCCGGUGUGCCAUGACGGCUUACUACGUAGCCCGCGUCCUGGCCACGGCCGGGAUCGUGGCCUGGUUCUGGCUGGGUGGCCCCGUGCCGGGUCAAUGGGACUUUUUCGGGGGCGUCACCGUGGCCGUGGUCCUGACGCUCUGCUUCGGCCUGGUGUUCCUCGUCGUCUACUACGGCUCUUUUCACCCCAACAGGUUCCCAGAAAGAAACGGAGGGGAUGAGGUGGACGGGAUCGGCCCAGAAAGAGAGCCUGGCAUGAGAUACCGCUUGAUGCUGUAGCCGCCCCCCAAACCCCCAUUGGACCUCUCCCAGUCUCCCCGUA